AUGGAGCGCACUCAGUGUCUCCUUCUGGAUGAGGAGGCGGUCCGUCAGCUGAGCGACCACCAGAGGGCGGAGUUUAUCUUCUCAUGGCUGAGUCACCUGAAGAAGACCCUCCCCACCACAGACCGGGUUGCCAUCAGACAGAACCAGCGGCAUCUGGUGGAGCAGCUGUCGGCCGUUCUGAUUGGCUCCCCGGGUCCGCCCACCCGCUGGCUGCUCGCCCACUGCCUCGCCCUGCUGCUCCGCCUUGGAGACCCCCUCCCCGCCAGCCUAUUGGUCGAGAGGUGCAAUGACAUCAUCCGCAGCAAAGACGACUCUCCGUCAGGACUCCCGACCCGGCUUGCCGCCGUGGCCUGUCUGGGUUCUCUGUACCAACAGCUGGGGCGGAUGCUCAUCGCCUCCUUCAAAGACACGUUCUCCAACCUGAUGAAGGCCAUGAAGAACGCAGAGUCUCAGGGUCGGUAUGAGAUCAUGCUCUGUCUGGAGAAGAUCCUUUGUGGUUUGGGCGUCGGCGCCAUCUCCUGUCAUCGCGAUGUCUACAAGGCGGCGAGGACCUGCCUGACCGACCGCUCCAUGGCCGUCCGCUGCGCCGCUGCCAAGUGUCUCCUGGAGCUGCAGAGGGAGGCGGUCUUCCUGUGGACCUCAGAGUUGGACAACGUGGCCUCGCUGUGCUUCAGGGCCUUUGAAGGUUCCAGCUCCAGCGUGCGUGUGUCUGUGUCAGAGCUGUUGGGGACGCUGUUGGCUGCAGCCGUGGAGCCCCCGCCACAGCGCCUCGCAGCCCCCAGGCAGGGUGGGCGGGGUCGGACGUCCCUGGAGGAGGUGAUGGAUCUGUUGUUGGGGGGUUUCCUGAGGGGCGGGGCCGGGUUUCUGCGAGCCAGCGGAGACAUGUUGAAGGGGACGAGCUCCGUCAGCAAAGACAUCCGCAUGGGGGUCACACAGGCCUGUGUGGUCUUUGUCUCCUCCCUCGGUGCCUCCUGGUUGGAGUCCAACUUCUCCUCCUUCCUGUCCCUGCUCAUGGAGUUGGCAUCCCACGGUAAAGCAACUCAGACGGCGAGCGACGCCGUGGUGACGCGGCACUGCGUUUCCUUCAUCCUAAGGAGCACCCUGGGGUCUCUGCUGGGGGAGAAGGCCCAGACCAACGCAGCCAAACAGCUGUGUGUGUACGUGGCGGCGCACAAACGCACCAUCGGUCUUUUGGACUCGGUUGUCUCUGUCCUCCUUCAUCCUGCCUACUCGGCCCGUUUAGCCGCCGCCUGGUGUCUGCGCUGCAUCGCCAUGGCGAUGCCGUCCCAGUGUUCCUUGCUGCUGGACCGCUGCACCGAGCGUCUGGUGGCGCUGAAGUCGUCCCCUGAAGCCGUGUCCGGGUACGCAGCAGCUGUCACCGCCCUGGUGGCCGCAGUGCAGCAAUGCCCUCUGGGAAUUCCGAGCACCAAGGGGAAGGUGGUUCUGGGUCUGGCUGAAGACCUUCUCCGUUCCGCUGCUCAGAACAGUCGUAUCUCCCUCCAGAGGACUCAGGCCGGCUGGAUGCUCAUCUCCUCCCUCAUCACCCUGGGUCCAGCCGUGGUGGAGCUCCAUCUCCCUCGGCUCCUCCUCCUCUGUCGCUGUGUGUUUCCGGCGUCUCUGCGGGAGCAGGACAUGGAGCUGCGUCGAGGGGACUACUUUACGUGGCAGGUUACGUUGGAGGGCCGAGCCGGGGCACUGUGCGCCAUGAAGAACCUGCUGCUCCACUGCAGGAACCUGGUCACCGAUGACAUCAUCAGCCGUCUGCUCACACCAUUGGCCUGUUCUGUGGCCCUGCUUACCAAGUUGCCGGUUCUCCUCAGGUCCUACGGUUCCUCCAUCCGGACCUGGUCAGUCCUCUAUAGACUCCGAGUCUACGAGCUGCUGGUUAUGCUGCCGCCUCACAGUUACCAUGAGAGUUUCGGAUUGGUGAUGAACCAGCUGGUGUCGGACCUGUCGGGUCAGGACAACCUGAACCAGCCGUGUUCAGAGCUCACUCUGCUGCCGCCGCUCUGUCACCAUGACGACCUGCCGCCAAUCGGCCACGCCCUCCGAGACCCCGCCCACCACUACAUCGAGGAGCAGCUCCACGCCAGCAGUGUAGGCGGAGCCUCUCUGGACAAUGACCCCUUUAGUCUGUGCAACCCCGGCGACGAAGCUCCCGCUUCUCUUCCUCCUCCCAUCGCUCUGACCGCCGCGGCCGUCCAACUCUUUGGGACGCUGUUCCCUCACAUCAUCUCCGCUCAGAAAGUGAAGAUCCUGGAGCAGUUUGUGGAGACGGUGAACCAGGUCAAAGGUCAGCGACAGCAGACAGUCCAGACCCACGUGUGCGCUGCCCUCUGCAGUCUGCUCAAGGGUCUGGGUCCUCAGCUCCAGGCUGGUGUCCGUGGUCCUCUGGGUCCAGAGGACGUGCGUCCCCCCGCCCUGUCCCUCCUGUCGGGGGCGCUGGAGAGCAGUAGUCCUCUGCUGCGCUGCCUGGCGGCUGAAGGUCUGGCCCGUCUGGUCCAGGUGGUCAACGACCCCGGCUUCACCGUGUCCGUGUCCCUGCUCUGCUUUGACAGGUUGAAAACGGCGAGGGACGCAGCGUCUCGCAGCGGCUUGGCUCUGGCUCUGGGGGCACUGUACCGCUACGUGGGCGGGAUCAGCUCCCCUCAGCACCUGUCCACCUGUGUGGGCGUCCUGUUCACCCUUAGCCAGGACAGCACGUCCCCAGAGGUCCAGACCUGGUCCCUCCACAGUCUGUCUCUGGUGGUGGAUCUGUCUGGGGGUCUGUACCGGGUCCACGCAGAGCCCUCCUUCACGUUGGUGCUCCGCCUCCUGCUGUCAACUCCGCCCACUCACCCAGAGGUUCACCUGAGUCUGGGCCGCUGUCUGCAUGCGCUUACCACCUGCCUGGGUCCGGAUCUACAAGGUGACAGUGCGGCCGUUAUUCGGUCCAGUGUUCUGCUGGGUUCUGCUGUCAUGCAGGGUUCUCCAGACUGCCUGGUCCAGUCCAGAGCUGUGUCCUGUCUUCAGCAGCUCCACAUGUUCUGUCCUCCUCACGUGGACCUGUCCGGCCUCGUACCUGCACUCUGUACUCACCUGUCCAGUUCUUACCUGUCUUUACGUGGUGCUGUCGUGGCCUGUUUGCGUCAGUUGGUCCAACGUGAAGCUCUGGAGGUUUCACAACUGGCUGUGACAGUGGUUAAAGAACUGAACAGAAGAGACAACACACAACUGGAUGUGACCAUAAAGGAGGUGGGUCUGGAAGGAGCCCUGUUCACUCUGCUGGACCAGGAGUCCGACCCGGGUCUGAGGAGGGAUAUCCAGGAGACGCUGGUCCACAUGAUGACGUCCAGUGCCACCACGGGGAAACUGGGACACUGGCUCAAACUGUGCAAGGAUGUCCUGUCGGCAUCCACAGACUGCCGGACCCCCAUGGAGGCCAGUCAGGAGGACGAGGAGGAGGCGGACCCCGGCCGCGACGACGACUCGUCUGUGUUCAGAGCGCGCUCAGACGGCGGCGGCCCCUUCACAGCGCUGCGUUGGGCCACGCGCCGCUUUGCCAUGGAGUGUGUGUGUCGAAUCAUCGCGCAGUGUGAGAGCGCUGACCCCGCCCACUUCGACAUGACGCUGGCCCAGGAGCGACGCCUCCACGAGUCCACGGACUUCCUGGUUCUCCAUCUGGGCGACCUGGUCCGGAUGGCAUUCAUGGCGGCCACUGACCACAGCGACCAGCUGCGCCUGGCGGGUCUGCAGACCCUACUGGUCGUCAUCAGACGGUUCUCAGACGUUCCUGAACCCGAGUUCCCCGGUCACGUGAUCCUGGAGCAGUACCAGGCCAACGUGGGCGCCGCCCUCAGACCCGCCUUCUCAGCCGACGCCCCUCCUGACGUCACAUCCAAAGCCUGUCAGGUGUGCAGCGCGUGGAUCGCCAGCGGCGUGGUCAGCGACAUCCGCGACCUGAGGCGCGUCCAUCAGCUGUUGGCGUCGUCGUUGGUCAAAGUUCAGAGUGGCAGAGACGGCAGCGUUCAGCUGUACAACGAGGCAGCUGCUACCAUGGAAACGCUGUCAGUGCUGAAGGCGUGGGCCGAGGCGCCGGAGUUGCUGGGUGGCCGAAUAGAGAUGGUUUACAUCGUAGCGAUUCAGUCGAGCAGACAGAAGCAGAGCUCUGAUAGGCCGUCGGAGCUGUCUGCCUCCCCUGUGACCAACAACGGUUCGGGGGUGGAGUCUGGAGGGGCGGGGCUCCUGAAGCUGGUCCAAUCAGACCUGUCAACACUGAGUUGUCUAUGGCUGUCUGCGCUGCAGGACUACGCUCUGCUCACCCUCCCACCGGAGUACGCACCCCAGCUACCUGCAGCAGGGGGCUCCUUCUACACGGCAGAGACCGUCAACCAGUCCAGAGGUCACUACGCAUCAUCAUGGGCACCGAUCCUCCACGCCACCGCGCUGUGGCUCCACAGCACAGGGUUUGUGAUGACAGACGACACCCCCGUUAACCUGUCCAGACCGGCCACGCCCACCUCCAUGGGACACACCAGCUCUGUGGGCGGAGCCAAGAGUCCAGAGGACAUCAACACAGAGAGGCUGCAUCUGAUUCUGGGGAUCAGUGUGGAGUUCCUGUGUUCUCCACGUUCCGGGGACCAGAUGGAGAACAUCACUUCCUGUCUGCGAGCUCUGCAGGCGCUGCUCGACGUCCCGUGGCCUCGGGCCAGGAUCGGCCACGACCAGGCUCUGAGUGUGGAGCUGCUCGGCGUCCUCCACCGGCUGAUGGUCACCAGGGAGGCGGAGUCCGUCCAGCUCGCCGUGUUGGAUUUACUGCGACAGAUCGUCACAGCAGCGCAGGAGCACGUGAGGGAGAAACGCCACAGUGCAGAAGUGGAUGACGGCGCCGCAGAGAAGGAGACACUGCCGGAGUUUGGUGAGGGGCGAGACACCGGGGGUCUGAUCCCUGGGCGCUCGCUGGUGUUCGCAGCGUUGGAGCUCUGCCUCUGUGUUCUGGUCCGGAAACUUCCUCAGCUCAGCCCCAAACUGGCCGGAACCAGCCCGACCGGUCCUGGUGGGUCUGUGUGGACACUGUCGGACAGUGACUGCCGUCUGGUGUCCUCUGCUCUGUGUGUCCUCUCUGAGCUACCGUCCGUCUGCUCUCCUGAAGGCAGUGUGUCCAUCCUCCCCACCGUCCUCUACCUGCUGCUGGGUGUCCUCAGGGAGCUGGUCCACCAACCCAUGGUGACGGGCUCAGGGGGAGGAACAGGGGGCGGGGCCAGUCUGGUGGUCCAAUCGGCUCUGCAGGCACUGAAAACCGUCCUGACGUCGCCGAUGAGUCAACAGGAGAAGAGUCGUGGCGCCUGGAACCUGCUGCUGAGGUCAGCGCUGAACACGCUGCUGACGCUGUGGGAUGCCGGUGACCCCGGCGUCGCCGUGGACCAGGUCAGCCUCCUCACCGCCCUCACCAUCUUCCUGUUGUCCACCGGGCCAGACGUCUGCACCAUCAACCCUCUGCACACGCUCAGUCUGCAGCGAUUCACCGCCUGCAUGGACGCCAAAGACCCCGUGGUGGUGAGUCGAUGUUUCCAGCUCCUCGCCACCGUGUUCCAGGCUCCGCCCCCUGUUUCGGUCCCGUACAUUCAGAGUCUAGGUCCGCCGCUUGUCAGGUUCCUACAGAGGGUGGAGGGGCGUCGGCCUCAGAGUCCGGAUGAGUUGACAGGUGUCUUGGACGGGAUCCGGGCCAUGGAGGUCCUAGUCCAGGCGGCCGACGAGUCCCAGCGUCCUCAGCUCAUCACUGUGCUGCUGCCCCUCCUCAUCUCCUUCCUAUUGGAUGAAAACGCUCUUGGCUCUGCCCCCGCAGCGUCACGGUCCCUUCAUGAGGCGGCGCUGAAGGACCUGAUGCGUCUCGGACCGCAGCACUCGGCCGUGUUCAGGUCUCUGGUGUCCUCGUCUCCUCACCUGAAGUCUCGUCUUGAAGCCGCCGUCAAAGGGAACCAGGAGAGUCUGAACGCCAAAUCCGGCCCUGCCCACCCGAGCAGCCGCCAAGGCGCCGCCAAGGUGUCGCCCAGCAUCACGCUCAAAACCAACUUCCUGUGA